GGAUGUUGUAAAGUCAUUCAUACAAGGUUUCCUUCCGGGUAUUGCUUUGAAGAUAUUUCUUAUAUUUCUACCUUCAAUAUUGAUGCUGAUGUCUAAAUUUGAAGGUUUCAUUAGCCUGUCAGGGCUGGAGAGAAGAUCUGCAACUAGAUACUAUAUUUUCCAAUUUAUUAAUGUGUUCCUUGGGAGCAUAAUCACUGGAACUGCAUUUCAACAGCUAAAUAAUUUUAUGAACCAAUCAGCAAAUGACAUACCAAAGACAAUUGGUUCCUCAAUUCCUAUGAAAGCAACAUUCUUCAUAACCUAUAUCAUGGUUGAUGGGUGGGCUGGAGUUGCUGGGGAGAUAUUGAGAUUGAAACCUUUGAUAAUCUAUCACUUAAAAAACUUUUUCUUGGUGAAGACUGAGAAGGAUAGAGAAGAGGCAAUGGAUCCAGGAACCAUCAGUUUCAACACAGGCGAACCACAGAUACAACUUUAUUUCUUACUUGGUCUUGUUUACGCCGUGGUUUCUCCCAUCUUACUUCCUUUCAUCAUAAUAUUCUUUGGCCUGGCAUAUGUUGUGUACCGUCAUCAGAUCAUAAAUGUGUACAAUCAGGCGUAUGAGAGUGCUGCAGCAUAUUGGCCUGAUGUCCAUGGACGUAUCAUAGUUGCAUUAGUUGUCUCACAACUGCUAUUGAUGGGUCUGUUAAGCACAAAACAUGCAGCUCAGUCGACUCCAUUGCUCGUUACACUUCCGGUAUUAACAAUAUGGUUCCAUUUGUUCUGCAAAGGACGUUAUGAGCCUGCUUUUGUUAGAUAUCCACUGCAGGAAGCCAUGAUGAAAGACACAUUAGAACGUGCGAGGGAGCCAAACCUGAAUUUGAAAAGCUUCUUCCAAAAUGCAUAUAUCCAUCCAGUCUUCAAUGGUGGAGAUGACAGCGAUCACGAAGAAGUUACAGAAGAAUUGGAGAAAGAGCCUGUACUUGUCCCAACAAGGCGCCAAUCUCGAAGGAAUACACCAUUGCCUAGUAACCGUAGUGGUUCAUUUUCAUCCCUGGCGCUACUACCUGAAGAUCAAGAACGGUCACAUUUUUGAAACUGCCUUUACCCUUUGCUGUGAAUGUCAAAAUUGUAAAUAAGAUGCGAGUGAGAAGACAGAGAUGGUAAGCUUUAUAGGAAAACCAGAGGGAGGAGGUAUAGGGAGGUACUCAUAUAUAUCCGGCAUAAAUCUGUUUCUGUUUUUGGUUGAAUAGCUAUCUAUAUAAAGAAAUCUAGUUAGGAAUAAAUCUGAUAAGCUCUAUACAGAAUAUUUUCCUCAAACAAAUUUGUUUGUGUAGACGGAGAUUUUGUUGAGGACUCGGUGGAAACCAGUGCAGCAUAAAAUUAUAAAUUCCAUAAUUUUAAUAUAAAUUUGUAAA